CGUAAAGUUAAAGGAGGAUCACCAUGUCGUCCGACGAUUCUUCCAUCGCUCAAGUGUUCAAUGUCGGGGUUCAUGUGCCGACGUCUUCGGACUCUUCUUGGGAUCUCACCGCGGUAAUCGCCAGAGCUGUGGAAAGUGACGGCUACGACUUCAUCUCGACCCCUAUAACUCGCCCUACCCACGCAGCACGGAUAUCGAAUGACCUUGAAGGAGGUAAGACUAUAGUGGACAGCAUUUCUGGAGAAGAAGCUGCUAUCACCUCUUUUGAUCACGUCGAGCAGGUUGUUGCCUUUGCAUCUUCAUGGAUUGAACCAAACGCCAAAGACCACGAACUCGCUCGUGUUUCAGCAGAAGUGUUAAAACAGGAGGUGGCCUAUGCUUCGUACUGUGGUGUGGUAAACAUCGUCAUCCCUCCCCCGAAGCGCCGGACAGAUCUGGUACGCUAUGCUCAAGCCGUGAAUACGGCUCUGUCUAUGUCAGCCUACCUGCAGGUCAGCAUUCACAUGCUGAUGUGUGAAGAUCCUCCCGAGGACGUGCCAAUGGGUGAGGCACAUAAUGAGGAUGGAUCCGGUGACAGAUACGAUGCGUUGAGUAUGUGGGAUCUUUGGAACACCAUCCGUACAGUAUGCGGAUACAAUGCAAGGUUGUCUCUGGCCCUUCAAAUCCCCGCGCACCUUCCACCGCAGGUCGUUCAAGAUCGUUGGUUUGCUGAGCCAGUACGGUUCCUUCUUCUCUCCUCAAGCGCCUUUAUUGGUAAUGCCAAGGGGUUUCCCGUACUUUCAAAAGGCCACCAGUCCCUUUAUCAACACUUCUUAAAGUUAAAACCAUUCACCAUCAUCCGUGAUGCUGAAACGGGGAAGCUAAAAGAUGGGCCACUUGGCUACCUGAAGUACGUCAGAUACCUCCAGGCAAAGCUUCCGCCACCUACAGUGACGGAAGCCUUUGCACAGGGAUAUCAGGACUAUCUACAGGCUCCAUUGCAACCUUUGAUGGACAAUCUUGAGAGCAUGACAUAUGAGGUUUUCGAGAAGGAUCCUGUCAAGUAUGCCCAGUACGAGCUGGCGAUAGUGAAAGCGCUCCGGGAUUGGCCGCACAGUAGACGACCUGUUGUUGCAGUUGCUGGUGCUGGCCGUGGUCCAUUAGUUGCACGCGCUCUUCGUGCGUCGGAGACGGCUAAGGUGUCGAUCGAGCUUAUCGCCGUGGAGAAGAAUCCGAACGCCUUUGUAACGCUGCAGCAACGGCAGAGAAACGAAUGGAAGGAUCGCGUAGAACUUGUGAAGAGUGACAUGAGGACUUGGAAGCCAAAGAACCCGGUAGACAUCCUAGUAACUGAGCUACUGGGUAGUCUGGCGGACAAUGAACUGAGUCCGGAAUGUAUAGAUGGCGUGCAGAACGUUUUGAGUCCCGAUGGAGGCAUUUCAAUUCCCGCAUCAUACACAGCACACAUUAGUCCUAUCAUGUCUGCAAAACUUUUCACCGACCUACAGAAGCACAACUCCCUGCAACACAUCGAGACGCCAUACGUGGUACUCUUUCAGGCAGCGGAUCAUAUCGCGGAAAACCAUGAGAUCAAACAAAUCUGGGAGUUCGUCCACCCGAAUCCUGAACUUUUCUCCACCGAGGCCGGCGCCAGUCCUCUUGUCCGGCAAAAUACACACAACAAGCGUUGUGGCAGGGUCACAUUCAACAUUCCCGAGAAAGCUGUCAUGCACGGUAUUGCCGGUUAUUUCGAAUGUGUGCUUUACAAAAACGUAGAGCUGAGUACGCGACCGGAUACUAUUGAAGCGAAGUCCAAAGACAUGAUUUCUUGGUUCCCGAUAUUCUUCCCUCUGAAGACACCGAUAUGUCUCCCAAGAAACUCGUCGGUAGAUAUCACGAUUUGGAGAGAAACGGAUGGCAGAAAGGUUUGGUACGAGUGGUUGACAGAGUCUUUUAUGGGGACAGGGCAUUCACGAGUAUUGCUGGGCACCAGUGAUCUGCACAAUCCUGGUGGACGGAGCUCGAAUAUUGGCCUUUAGAAUAGACAACUGGUCACUCUAUUCCAGACAAAUUUCGUAUUCUCAUGACACCGG